AUGUCAUUUUCCCAGGACCCUCGCGGCCGCCGCGGUGGAGCCGGCGCCGGCUUCAGCGCGACAGGCAGACGCACUGCCUUGGGUUACUGGAUCCCAUUGGCACUCACAGUGGGAGUCGCGACCAUCAGUGUUGCAGCAUGGAUCUGGAGCGAACGGAGCGAUGAUGACGAAGAUGACCGACCCUUCGAAGGAGAGGGCCCUUACCCGCCCCCCGGUCCGCCCGAUACUGAUAUUCCUCCUCCUUCCUACGCCUCAGAAGGAUACGCAAGAAGCACAGGACCUGAAGUUCCUGGCGAUGCUCGAUAUGAUCCCAGCUUCAUGGCCCGCAUGCAAGGUGCAUUGCGCCGAACGCCGAGCCCGCAACAGAUCUUUGACGGCGCAAGCCGACGAGUCGUGGCCGGUGUGACUGCUGCUGGCGCACUUGUUGGUGGAGCACUUACGUCUAUCCGCGAAGAAGGCCGAGGCGACUUCGAAGACCACACGAGAUGGUCCGAAGAGGCUGCUGCCAGAAAUGUCGGGGGUCAACCAAGCACCGCACCCACCAUGAGUGGAGCACUGCCGACUCGCGGAUCAGCUGCUGGCCACCACUCAUUCGAUAAGAAGAAGAAGACCGUGGUUAUUGUUCUUUCCUCUGUCUCUCCGGCUGACUCGGAUGAAUAUGCCUCGGAACACGCUUCAGUUCUGUCCCACCUUCCUGAACAUGUGGACUUGGAUACCUCUCGUGUCUUUGUUCUGAUAUAUGCCCCCAAUGUCAAGCACGCCAUCGGCCAGGGUAGCUCAUCUCGCCAGACCACAUCUAUUGCCUCGUCCUACUCAAACAUUGCCCACGAGGAAGCUACCUCUUCCGGUGAAUUGAUCGAUGCUGAUCUGAAGACCGUUGAGCCUCGCCAGGACGAUGACCUUGACGGUUCCACCCAUUUCUUCAAGACUUUGUACACCCAGGCCCAGGCACUUGUCGAAAAGGAUAUCAUGAUCAUGCCCUUCAGCACCCCCUCUGGGUAUGUGCAUCUUGUGCGCCACCUCGCACCCGACCUUGUCUAUGUUCAAGAAUCUCUGACUGGCAACGAGGGUGACGCCGUUCAGCACAUCUCUGGCUGGGUUCGUCAGGUCAUCGUCGUGGUUGGAGACGAAGCCGGCCGUGGUGGCCUCAUUGACAGUGAUGAUGAGUCUGCGCUUGCCGAUAAAGGCGAGAUGUGGUGGCAAAAGAGGGCACUACGGGCAUCGGCAAACGGAUUGAUGUGGUAG